CCUGCUCACAGACUUGCAAUUGAAGACUCUGUGAUGUUUAUGUACCUACCGAGUAGUGGAGAGAGAGAAAUUGAGAAACGAAGCAAUUGUAGUUUAUCUUUCCUCCGUUGUUGUUCUUCUUCUAUGCUUCGCGUUCUGAUUUUCCCCUACGAUUGACUCAGGAUUUGGCUAUGGCUGUACCCGUCGAGGAAGCCAUUGCAGCUCUAUCCACAUUCUCGCUCGAGUUUGUGAAUUAUGUAGGAUGAGCAACCAGAGGUGCAGGGACCUGGAGUGUGGGUAUCAACUGAGAGAGGUGCAACAGAAAGUCCAAUAGAGUAUAGCGAUGUUUCUGCUUACAGACUAUCUCUAUCAGAGGACACAAAAGCUCUCAAUCAGCUGAAUGCUCUUACCCAAGAGGGAAAGGAGAUGGCAUCAGUGCUUUACACAUAUCGUAGUUGUGUCAAAGCACUUCCUCAGCUACCUGAUUCUAUGAAGCAAAGUCAAGCUGACUUAUAUUUGGAAACAUAUCAAGUUCUGGAUUUGGAAAUGAGUCGUCUGCGUGAAAUUCAGCGUUGGCAAGCAUCUGCUUCCUCAAAAUUAGCUGCUGACAUGCAACGUUUUUCUAGGCCUGAGCGACGCAUUAAUGGCCCUACAAUAUCUCAUUUGUGGUCUAUGUUGAAGUUGCUUGAUGUUUUGGUGCAACUUGAUCAUCUUAAAAAUGCUAAGGCUAGCAUACCUAAUGACUUUUCAUGGUAUAAAAGGACUUUCACACAAGUCAGUGGUCAGUGGCAAGACACUGAUUCAAUGAGGGAGGAAUUAGAUGAUUUGCAGAUUUUCUUGAGCACAAGAUGGGCUAUUUUGUUGAAUUUGCAUGUUGAGAUGUUCCGUGUGAACAAUGUAGAGGACAUUCUUCAAGUUCUUAUAGUCUUUGUUGUAGAGUCUUUAGAAUUGGACUUUGCACUUCUCUUUCCAGAGCGCCACGUUCUUUUGCGUGUUUUGCCUGUUCUUGUUGUCCUAGUGACAUCAUCAGAGAAAGACAGUGAGUCUCUGUACAAGAGGGUGAAAAUCAACAGACUGAUCAAUAUAUUUAAGAAUGAAGCAGUCAUUCCUGCAUUUCCAGAUCUGCAUUUGUCUCCUGCUGCUAUAGUGAAGGAAUUAUCAACAUACUUUCCAAAAUUUUCUUCCCAAACUCGCCUUCUCACCCUUCCAGCACCUCAUGAGCUUCCACCUCGUGAAGCACAAGAAUAUCAGAGACAUUAUCUGAUCAUCAAUCAUAUUGGAGCCAUCCGUGCGGAGCAUGAUGAUUUUGUUAUUCGUUUUGCUUCUGCAAUGAAUCAGCUGUUACUGUUGAAGUCAACUGAUGGUUCUGAUGUUGAAUGGAGCAAAGAAGUCAAGGGGAACAUGUAUGAUAUGAUUGUUGAAGGUUUUCAGCUAUUAAGCAGAUGGACUGCACGCAUAUGGGAACAAUGUGCUUGGAAAUUUUCUCGACCAUGCAAAGAUGCAUCCCCAUCAUUCUCUGAUUAUGAAAAGGUAGUACGAUAUAAUUACAGUGCAGAGGAAAGGAAAGCACUGGUUGAACUUGUGAGCUACAUAAAGAGUGUUGGAUCUAUGAUGCAGCGGUGUGAUACACUGGUUGCUGAUGCUUUAUGGGAAACAAUACAUUCUGAGGUACAAGAUUUUGUCCAAAACACAUUAGCUACUAUGUUGCGGACUACCUUCAGAAAGAAGAAGGACCUCUCUAGGAUUCUUUCAGAUAUGCGGACCCUUUCAGCUGAUUGGAUGGCUAAUACAAACAAGUCAGAAUCUGAGUUACAGUCCUCUCAGCAUGGAGGUGAAGAAAGCAAAGCAAACAUAUUUUAUCCAAGAGCAGUUGCCCCAACUGCUGCUCAGGUGCACUGCUUGCAGUUCUUAAUAUAUGAGGUGGUUUCUGGUGGUAACCUUAGGAGGCCAGGUGGACUCUUCGGCAAUAGUGGCUCAGAAAUCCCAGUUAAUGAUUUAAAACAGCUGGAGACAUUUUUUUACAAGCUUGGUUUUUUCCUUCAUAUUUUAGACUACUCAGCAACUGUUGCAACAUUGACAGAUCUUGGUUUCUUAUGGUUUAGAGAAUUCUAUUUAGAGUCUUCACGAGUCAUUCAGUUUCCAAUUGAAUGCUCCCUUCCUUGGAUGUUGGUGGAUUGUGUACUUGAGUCACCGAAUUCUGGUCUUCUCGAGAGUGUUCUAAUGCCAUUUGACAUCUAUAAUGAUUCAGCUCAGCAAGCCUUGGUGUUGCUGAAGCAACGGUUUUUAUACGAUGAAAUUGAGGCUGAGGUGGAUCAUUGUUUUGAUAUAUUUGUUACAAAAUUAUGUGAAACCAUUUUCACAUAUUACAAAAGUUGGGCGGCAUGUGAAUUGCUUGAUCCUUCAUUCCUCUUUGCUUCGGACAAUGCAGAAAAGUAUGCCGUGCAACCCAUAAGGCUCAAUAUGCUGCUUAAAAUGACUAGAGUGAAGCUGCUUGGAAGGAUGAUUAAUUUGCGAAGUUUGAUCACUGAACGGAUGAACAAGGUUUUCCGUGAAAAUAUUGAGUUUUUAUUUGAUCGUUUUGAGUGUCAGGAUCUGUGUGCCAUAGUGGAAUUAGAGAAGUUGUUGGAUGUCUUAAAACAUUCCCAUGAACUACUGUCUAGAGAUCUUUCUGUAGACUCUUUUAGUCUCAUGUUGAAUGAGAUGCAAGAGAACAUUUCCCUUGUAUCAUUUUCUAGUCGAUUGGCCUCACAGAUUUGGUCUGAGAUGCAUAGUGAUUUUUUGCCAAAUUUCAUUCUCUGCAAUACUACUCAACGUUUUAUCAGAUCAUCAAGAACGGUUCCUGUUCAAAAGCCAUCUGUACCCUCUUCUAAGCCUAGUUUCUAUUGUGGUACUCAAGAUUUGAAUUCUGCCCAUCAAAGUUUUGCACGACUGCAUAGUGGAUUCUUUGGAACACCUCACAUGUUUUCUAUUGUUCGACUUCUGGGAUCCCGAUCAUUACCUUGGCUUAUUAGAGCUCUUCUUGAUCACAUAUCAAACAAGAUUACUUUGCUUGAACCAAUGAUUACAGGAUUACAAGAUUCUUUGCCAAAAUCAAUUGGGCUUCUUCCUUUCGAUGGAGGUGUGACAGGUUGUGUGAGACUCGUUAAGGAGCAUCUUAACUGGGAGACAAAAUCAGAACUGAAAGCUGAGGUUCUUCAUGGCAUAAAAGAGAUUGGAAGUGUAUUAUAUUGGAUGGGGCUUCUAGAUAUUGUGUUGAGAGAAAAGGAUUCUAUGGAUUUCAUGCAAACUGCUCCCUGGCUGGGCUUGCUUCCUGGAGCAGAUGGUCAAAUAGUAACUUCUCAAGAUGGUGGAGACAGCCCUGUUGUUAGUUUGUUUAAAUCAACAGCUGCUGCAAUGGUUUCAUACCCUGGCUGUCCAUCACCUACCUCUUUCCACAUUAUGUCAAAACAAGCAGAAGCUGCAGAUCUUUUAUACAAGGCUAACUUGAACACUGGAAGUGUGCUGGAGUAUGCACUUGCUUUCACUAGUGCUGCGUUGGAUAAAUAUUGUAAUAAAUGGAGUGCUGCACCCAAAACAGGCUUCAUUGACAUCACAAUUUCUAAAGAUUUCUAUCGAAUAUACAGUGGUCUCCAAAUUGGAUACUUGGAAGAAUCUGCCCAAGUGCCAUCAAAUAGUCAUGAAAGGCUGGGGGAUUCAAUUGCUUGGGGGGGCUGCACUAUAAUUUAUUUGCUUGGGCAGCAGCUGCAUUUUGAGCUGUUUGACUUUUCAUAUCAGAUCCUCAAUAUCGCAGAAGUGGAGGCUGCAUCUGUUAUGCAAACACAUAAGAACUCACAAUUUGCCGUGCAGGGAUGGGAAGCCUUAUUGGAAGCAAUGAAAAAAGCAAGGAGAUUAAAUAACCAUGUAUUUUCUAUGCUUAAAGCACGUUGCCCCCUUGAAGAAAAGACAGCUUGUGCUAUUAAGCAAAGUGGUGCUCCAAUACAUCGUAUAAAAUUUGAUAACACAGUUUCAGCAUUUGAAACACUGCCGCAGAAAGGUUCUUAAACGAGUAGUCUAGUUGUAGACUGCCAGCAAAUUCUGUGCCUUGUUCCCUAUACGGUGUACAUGUAACUAAGCGGUGUUGUAUUGUAUGUAAUAGAUACUAAGUACGGUACGUAUAUGUUCAUGAGCCGAGUUUCUAUACAGAGGUAGCAACAAUUUUGUAUUUGAUAAAAAAAAAAUGUUUGACAUAGGUGUUCGAUUUGAACAAACUGUUGGACAAUAUUUGGCAUGCUCUUAUGGAACUAGGUCCAAUCUAAGUUCUGAACCCUACGAAAAAAUACAGACCAAAAUAUUGUUGUCAGAUUACAGCUUUAGUGGAGCUCAGUCAGUUGGUUACAACUGUCACUAGCUAUUAGUUGUAGUUAUCAUUGGAUUUGGCUUGUACAAGAUUGUAUAAAUACCUUUCUCGACCUCUAACGAGUUUUUUCUGCUCUUUCUCCAAA